AUGGGCUACAGUUCGGCAUCCGAGGGCGAGAUUGUCCAAGACAAGGCAACUAGAUCGCGACCUCCCCCAUCCAGUGACCACGCCAUUGACCGCAGAAGCAGACCUCGAUCGCCCCCAUCGAGGUACAACCAGAGACCUCGUCCAGACCACCGCUACAACCAUCAAGACUCCAACAAGCGCCCCUACUCCCGUCGAGAUGACCACCACCAACACGAUCGCCAUCCACACGACCGUCACUCGACACACUCCCGCCACAACCAAGAGCCUCCCGAGAAGCGCCAGCGUUCCAACAGGACCCCUGAUCCUGUCCCAAGAGCCCCAGUCCAGGAACAGCCUGCUGUUGUCGUCCCAGAUGUACCCGAAGAGCCUCCCGUCGAUGAGGCGAAGCUGAUUGAGGAACGCCGCAAGCGACGUGAAGCUCUGCGCGCAAAGCAUCGAGCUCAACCACAGCCUCUGCUCCAACAAGCCUUGCAUGUCGCUACUGCCUCCGAGUCUGAUUCUGUCAUGGCCUCGCCUGCCGCCUCAGUGCCCUCGUCUCCUGCAUCUCCUGCAUCUCCUGCAUCUCCUGCUUCCUUUUCCAUUACAAACGACCAAGAUCUCGCAAAUCCUGUCAACGCUGACCCCGAUUCUCCUGCUACUUUUCAAGGUCCUUCAGCCGCUGACUACGAUCCGACCAUGGAUAUGCAAGAAGACAGGCUCAACGCUCAUCUCUCGGCCGCUGUCAACCACGGCACAAAGGACCAAGACCGCAAUCCUGACAGCACCAAGGUUGCUCCGCCACAGCCUGUUAAAUCCAAGGAGUUGGACAUGUUCGCAGAUGAUGACGACGACGAUAUGUUUGCUCCCGAGCCUGCUUCUGGUCCCAAGAAGGAAGAUGGCACUCAAGCAGUACGCGUUCCAGAAGCAAAGCAACUCGAUCGCAGUCUGCUCGAUGACUGGGACGACCCGGAAGGUUACUACCGCAUCAUCCUUGGUGAACUUCUCGACGAUCGCUACCACGUCCAAACCAAUCUAGGAAAGGGUNACAAAGCCGGCAUGAAGGAGAUUGAGAUCUUGCAAAAACUCGCCGAAGCCGAUCCAGAGGACAAAAAGCACAUCAUUCGUCUCGAGCGCCAUUUCGAACACAAGGGCCAUCUUUGCAUGGUCUUUGAGAACCUAAGUAUCAACCUUCGUGAAGUCUUGAAGAAAUUCGGUCGUGACAUAGGCAUCAACAUCAUAGCUGUGCGCCAAUACGCUCUACAGAUGUUCCUUGGUCUCACUUUACUCAAANAGUGCGAGAUCCUACACGCUGAUUUGAAGCCUGAUAAUGUCCUCGUUAACGAGAAGCGCAACCAGCUCAAGAUUGCCGAUUUGGGCUCUGCCAUGUCCGCUGACGACAACGAUGUUACUGAUGCCCUCGUCUCUCGCUUCUAUCGUGCUCCAGAGAUCAUGCUGGGCAUCAAGCAUGAUUACGCCAUCGACAUGUGGAGUAUUGGUUGUACACUCUUCGAGCUGUACACGGGCAAGAUCUGCUUCACUGGCUCGACCAACAAUCAGAUGUUGAAGGGCAUUCUAGAAUGUCGCGGCAAGAUACCGAAUCGCAUGCUCAAGAGGUCUGAAUUCUGGCCACAACACUUUGAGCCUGAUGGCACUUUCUUGAGCCAGGAGAUUGACAACGUCACGCGUCGAGAGGUGGUACGUCGUAUGAACAUUACUAGAACUGUUCCUGCCAAGGAGCUCAAGGCACGAUUAUUCGCCAGUUCGAAGGGCUUGAGUCCUGCUGAUGCCAAAGAGUUGAACCUCUUUGCUGACCUACUGGACAAGUGUCUUGCUGUUGAUCCCGUGAGAAGGAUUACACCCACAGAUGCUCUAAAGCAUCCGUUCAUUUCACGACCGGGCCCCGUUCCUACUCACAAUACCAUCAGAUAA